GAGAGGAUAUUGUGCCAUUGCUUGUCUCACGUGUUUUGCUGAAAUUUUGUCAACAAACGUGACAAACGCGCGAAAUGUAUGGUAAUUUAAGCACAUGUUUGAACGCGUUUGAUAACAAUCAUGUCCUCAGAGUCUGCGAUGCUUGGUACUUUCGAGAAACUACUACAAUCACUGGAUGAUUGUCAGUGCGAGGAAACGUUGGAGAUUGAGAAACUUUGUUCAGAGGUGGAUGCAGCAUUUCAACAUGACAGUGGUGAUUCGCUGUGCUUUCUACAUUCAUCUGACAAUGUCAGAAAAGCUGUCACAAAAGCUAUCACAUCAUUGGUUAGGAAAACAAUGCUCCCUCAAAGUCUGUCCAAUGAAAAUGAAGACGAUCAUUUCCAAGAAACAGCGAGGAUAACUGCAGUUGUUGGUGCCACGUGUUCCGCCAUUUUGUCAAAUCUCCACAAGGGUCAAAGUUCAUUUGGCGACACAGAUGAGUCGAAGGACGAAGCUCAGCGAUUGUUCAGAGAUGUCGUCUUGGCAGUGGCUCCGCACUGUAUGGUCUUGGUGGCUACUCACUGUGAGAAGCAGCCAUGGACAAGCAAGAAGUCAAGAUUGAAUACUGAAGGUCUUUGUGCUUUACUCUGCAAGAUGUCGGGAUGCAACUCAGUUGUAGAACUUCUUGUGCAAGGGCCUGCCUGGUGCAGAGGGUCACAUGACAAGGGUGUCUUCAAGGACGUCUUAGGCUUGCUGAAGGAACGAUUGACAAGGGACCAGUGGCACAGGGAACCAGCAACAAGACAGGCAUUCCGAUGGUGCCUUUUCCAAAUAAGGCAUCCACAUCUCAGUCAUCAUCUGGACUCGAUCCUGCCUGCUUCACUUCUAUUCACUGAUGACUACAAGGAGAGCAACAAAUGCCUUGGUAUCCUGUGUCUGCAGCAUAUUAUUGACAAUGUGGACCCAACUGAUCUGCGAUUGCACGGUCGGUCCAUGGUCAUCUACGAGGCACUCCACCAUCAGCUUUACACACAGAAGCCCACCCUCAUUAGCCAACUCCUGCCAUGCCUGAUCAGCAUUCUCACCGUGAUCGAGCGGUCUCCACACAAAGCAGACGAACAGAGAAAACCGAAUCGAUAUGACGCUGUCCUUCAGACGGUACUAGUAAGCAUGGAGUUUGAACAGAAACUUGCUCUCCGGCAGGCAUACGCUAAGAAACUCUAUCUGUUUAUUGACAGCAUGGGAAUCACAAUACUCAGACAUAUGAAGCAAGUUCUCCGUGUGAUUUUAAAGUACCUUGAGGCUUCUGAAGGGCAAGAUGAUUUAUCCAGAACGUACACGCUGCGGUCACUCAACUCACUUAUCCUGCAGUCUUGGCCAAGGAUUCCCAUUCACUGGAAUGCAAUCAUCAAAGUCCUGUUGAAGCUCCUGUGUGAUGCCUGCGACAACUGCAGCCACAUAGACAAAGACGCGAGACGACCCAUACUUGAUGGGUGUGUUGACUGCCUGCUCCUGCUCAAGAGAUGCUGCAGCAAGGAGACGGAAGGGGCCCUCCGAGAAAUCUUAGCAAUAAACACCGACAGGAGUGAUGCAAUGAAGGAAUAUUUGGAGAGAGUUCUGGCCGGCUGAAAAUAGACGUAAUAGAGAAAGGUAGCGCGAACACCAUCUCGAUAUCUCCUUCAGAUAUAGAGUCAGACAUUGGCCAGCUUGACAUCACCCUGAUGACCUUUGACACAGGGUCAAUAUAAUAGGUCAAUAUAAUUUCAGUAUGUAACAAGAGCAGUCCUAACAGUACCUUAACGGAUGAGCACCUUUACUACAUUGUAUUAAUUCAUUGAAGAAUCAAUAAAACCAUAGAGAUCUCAGGCAGUCUCGGGUGCUACAGUGAGUAAUAGGCAGAGCGGUUUAGGACAGUUCAAUGACAAAAGGGUUAACAAGCAAUGGGUCAUGAGAACACUCAAAUAUCUCAGAUAUCGAGAGAGGGAGACUGGCCAGCUUGUUGUUGACCUUAUGACCUCUGACAAUAUUUACAUGUGCACAAA